AUGUCUUUCCUUCAUGGAGUUCUUCAGACUGUGAAAAGUGAUGAGAGCGUUACAACUUAUGAUAUUGAUAGGUCAAAUGACAUUAAUAAUGUUCUUCGCAUUUUACAUGAUAGUGUAGGUAAAGGCCGUAAGGCCUUCCCGGAGGCCGUGCGUCAGGUGGACACAUUUACUGGGAGAGUUACAGGGCAUUUAGGUAAAUAUUAUCAAGAAGUUGAGAAGAAGCAAGGCGAGGACUUAACCACCCAGUUGUCUGGGUGGAAGGGGACCGUAGGGAAGAUCCAAGACGAAGUAAACAAUAUUGAAACUUACAACGUUAAUGUUCUAGAUAGUACAUUGAAAAAUAGACUGAUGCAUGAAAUGAGUGUCAUUCAUAGUAGUGUGUUGUUGCUAAAGAACUCGGCUAAUGAGGAGGUGUUCGGGUUACAGGUGAAACAAGUGGAUUCCACUUUGGUGAAGCAGCGCGAUGAUGUGUUGCAGAAAAUUAAUGAGGAAUGUGCAGUGCUGCAAACGAGGGUAGAAAACGGAUUUAAAAGUAUAGACAAUAGAAUAAUAGAGCUUACUCAGACCGCGAUGACGCAGUUUAGAUUGAUGAGGGAUGCCAUUGCAUUUUGCAGGGACUCGGUUAAUUAUAAUUUUGACGACGAUUAUCGGAUUAAAAUAUUAGAUAAUUUCGACGCUAUAAAAAUUAAGGUUAGCGGUUUUUAUAACAAAUUGCAACAGACAAAAAACGACCUUGGUGAAUUGGUGAACAGCGCUUGGUCGGAAUUUGGGGUUGAAAACCAACGUUCAAGUGGGCUCGAGACAUGA